GGGGACCCGGGGCGGUCUCCAAAGAUUCCGUGAUAGUAUAACGUGCUCAACCAUAACGCGUUGAACUCGACUGCCGCUAUACACUUCAAUGCGUUAUACAUUAACGGAAACCGAUUUUCGUUAUCUCCAUCACGCGUUAUGGUUUAUUUUUGUGAGGGUAUUUGUUGGUUGGGGGAAAUUGUUGGGUGUGGUGGUGAGUGAUGACCACCCCCACUAAAAAUGGUUGUGAGUGAUGGAAAAAUGGUCAAUGACAUGGCGAAACUUGAUUGGUGCUUGUGAGUGAUAAAUUCUAUCACUAGUGAACCACCCCUAGUCCCCUAAGGACUAUAAGAGACGCGAGCAAGGGUUUGUUUUUUUAUUCUAAAAAUGGAGAGUGAAGGUAGUUGCAAGGUUUGUGUGACUGGAGGUGCAGGCUACAUUGGUUCAGCUCUAGUUCACUCACUUCUUCAAAAAGGUUACACUGUCCAUGCUACUCUAAGAAACCUGGGUGAUGAAUCCAAGGUGGGACUUUUGAAAAGUUUCCCAUUUGCAGAAGAAAGACUUCAUUUGUUUGAAGCUGAUAUUUACAAGCCAGAAGAGUUCCAAGAGGCAAUACAAGGUUGUGUCUUUGUUUUCCAUGUUGCAACCCCCUUACAACACACUACUGGCUACGAGUACAAUAAUGUCGUAGACGCAGCUGUAAAUUCCGUGAAAAAGAUCGUCGAUGCUUGCACACACUCAGGGACAGUGAAGCGGCUCAUCUACACAGCUUCCGUCGUUGCAGCUUCGCCUUUAAAAGAUGACGGGAGCGGUUAUAAGGUCACCAUGGAUGAAAGUUGUUGGACACCCCUUCAUCUCGACGUCCCUUACGAAAAUGAACAGUUGAAGGACUACACAAAAUCUAAAACAAAAUCAGAGCAAGAAAUAUUGAAACUUGGGGAAGAGAAAGCAAAUGAGUUUGAGGUAGUGACAUUAGGUUGUGGGCUUGUGGGGGGAGGAGGAUGUCUAACAUACCCUACAACCAGUGUGGUGAUGUUCAUAUCACAAAUUGCCAACAAUUCCACAUGUUACCAAUCUCUAAGGUACUUGGAAGAAUUGUUAGGGAAAAUUCCGAUUGUUCACAUCGAGGACGUUUGUCGAGCACAUAUUUUUUGUGCAGAGACGCCAUCAGUUAGCGGAAGGUUCUUAUGCGCUAGCUCGUAUGUAACAAGUGCAGAAAUUGCAAAGUAUUAUCAGAAAACGUACCCACAAUUGAACCAAGAGUAUCUAGAAGAACAUGGAAGAUUUAUCAAAUGGGGAUCGAAAAAGCUCGAGGAUAAAGGUUUUGCGUACAAAUAUAGUACCGAGACGAUCUUAGAUGAUUGUCUUGAAUGUGCAAAGGGGUCAGGCGUUAUUUAGAAAUAAAUAAUGAUUUUCUUUGCAAAAACAUUUUAUGAACACAUGGUGUGAUCAAUAAAGAUUUCUACUUAAUGUUAUUGGUGUAUUGUAAUA